UAUUCUCUUCCUCGAUGCUCUUCGCCGGAGCUCUUGCGCCGCCCUCGCUCCGCCUCCCUCGCGUGCCUCUCCCUGGAGGCCGCUCCUUCGCCUCCGUCGUCCUCGCCACCAAACUCCAGACGGCCGAUGGGCCGUCGGAGAACCCUUCCGCCGCCCGAUCCAACCGCGUUUCCGCGAGCAGGAACCCUCCUCCUCGCCCUCAGGAUCCCGCUAGCGAAUCUCCCACCGGAGGAGCUCUAAGGGGAUCCGACGUUCUGCUGGCGCUUCAAAGAGCCGUCUCCGAGAAGGAGGCGCGGAGGCUGAGCGAGAAGAAGAGGAGGAGGGGGAAGAGGAGAACGCCGACGACGCACGGCGGCGGCGGCGGCGGCGGCGGAGAUGGAGGAGAAAAGGGCUUCGAUCCAUUCGAGCAAGUCCGGCCGAUCGAGAUCAGGAGCGAUUGGGAGACACGGAUCGAGGAGCUGGAAAAGCGAAUUCAAGAACUGCGAUCGCAGUACCAAUAGAAUCCAGAUCGUUAUCAGCCUUUCACCUUUGUCGACGUUUGUGGAUUGUAACGAGGCCGAUUCCAUUGAAUGCAAAGCGAUCCUCGUGCUCGUAGUCGAAACUAUCUUUAAAUCGGAAGAGCUUCUUUUCGAUCGUUCACGCGGGCCCCCUGGUUUGAUCGGACCUGAUCCGGUUGAGAUCAGGGGUGGACUGACUCGUGGCUUCGAAGCAGAGCACUCUUGGCAGGUCGGAUGUGAGUUAGGUCAGCUUUUGUCGGGUCGGCCACUGUCGGAUCAGCUUCGAUUGGGUCGGUUCUGAACUGAAUAAUUUUCUUUUCUUCCUACAUUUUUAACUUAGGUUUUAUUUUGAUUUUGAGAAUCAAAUUAUAAACUUAUGUCCGAACUUUGCCCAUCUAAUCCUAAAAGUAAACUGCCUUCCCUUUAAUUCGGUUCUAUCGGGUAAAUCCGAAACA